UCGAACCCGUCCACUUUGAGACCCUUUAGAGCCCACAGCACACAUUGUUCCACUGCACCACAGCAGCCUCCAUGGCUCUAAUAUAGUAGCUUUAACUCAGGAGGAAAUCAAAGAACUUCAAAGAAUCAAAAAUAGUUCAAGUCGUGAAAUGUUGGGGCACCAAGAUAUGCACAAGAAGCAGUGCUGAGGGGAGAAUUAGAAUUCAAGCAUGAAGGCAAGAAUAAUGGAAGGAAAAUUGAAAUACUUACAAUACAUACUAAGAGAGGAAGGUAACAGUUUGUUGGGAAGGAUAGUGGAGGAGAUGAGGAAAGGGAAAAAGAAUAGGUGGACAAGUGAGGCAUUACUAAAAAGGAAAACAGUUAGAAUCAGAGGAAAUGACACAGCAAACAAGGAAAUAAAAGAAAAAAAUUAGAAUGUGGGGAUACAAAACAGUGGAAGCAGCAAAUGCUAGAAAAGACAAGCUUGGAAGUAUACAGAAAGUGGAGAACAGAGAUAAGGGGACAGGAUAAGGUGUAUGAUAACAAAGAAGCAUCACUAAUCCUGUUUAGGUGCAGAAAAAAAAAUUUUAAUUUGGGGGACAGGAAGAGAUUUAGAAAUGAGAACACAGGAUGAAUAAUGUGUGAAAGUAAUUAUGAAGACCUGCAUCACUUAUUCUACACUACCCAGCCCACUCAGAAGAAAGAAAGAAGAAUCCAACACUACAACAACCUUAGCAAGAAGAUGAAGAAAAUUUAAUAGGAAAAGUGCUUCCUGUGUUUAAUAUAGAGAGCAUGAAAAAUACACUCCACAAGUUUUGGAAAAUAAGAGAAAGAAAAAUAAAGGAAACAAUGGCAACAAGAUAAAAGAAACAUAACAGAGGUGGGAGUGCCGAUGCAAAGGCAACACUCCCAACAACACCUGAACUGAACUGAGUGGGAGUAAGAGUUAGUGUGGUGCAGGCAGAGGCUUUGAGGGGAAGGUUUGGCCAUUCAGGACAAGACAUGUUUUCUGCCAGGCUCAUCAGGAAGAAGGUUGAGAAGACAAGUUCAUCACAGGUCACCAGGGACAAGAAGACUACUAAGAGGAAAAGGAAGAAUGGCAAGGUACACGCCAAGCCACUAGCCACCAGAAAGAAGAGGCUACGAGUGGCUUCAGAUGGUGCCAGUACUGCCGUCACCACCACCACCAUCACCACCGGUCACCAGAACACCGCUACUGACACAGACAUCAAUAAGAAUAAGGUGAAUCGCUCAACACAGAAAGACAAGAGGGCAAAGAGGAAGACCCAGAACACCAGGAGCCAGAGGGAGAGCAGUGCAUUGUGGGAUGAGUCAGAAAGAGUACCAGUGCUGUAUAGAAACACUGACAGCGAGAACCAACUAUCGUAUGACUCAGAGAGCAGCAUUGCAUCCUUUGAUGAAGAAAGUCACCAAGAUGCCCAAGAUUUAGACACUUUCUCAUUCCUAGACAGAGAAAACCAGCAAGAUUUAGACAGUUCCUCAUUCCUAGACAGAGAAAACCAGCAAGAUUUAGACAGUUCCUCAUUCCUAGACAGAGAAAACCAGCAAGAUUUAGACAGUUCCUCAUUCCUAGACAGAGAAAACCAGCAAGAUUUAGACAGUUCCUCAUUUCUUGACACAGAGAACCAACAGAAUUUAGACUCUCAGAACACUCAAUCCUGCAACAUGGCUAGCAAGAAACACAGGCACAAAAAGACACAAGAGGGGAGAGUUGAUACAAGUCUCAUUGGGAAGUGUCUGAAGUCAGUUGCCACGGAGAGAGGUAGUGUGGUGGCAGCCAUUGCAGAGAACACCACACUGUAUCUCCAAGGGUGUCUGUUGCUGCGGCCCCUCCUAGGAUCUGUCGAGGUGCUUGGAUAUAUUAUACAGCAAGGAAAGAGUCAGGCUAUCUACUCCCUGCCAUCCUGCUCCCUUCUUGGUGUGACGGCGCUGGACUGUGUGGAGGUGGAGGCAGGGAGUGGUGUUCUGCAGGGCCUUCCUUCCGCCUUUGUGGACGACUUAGUGGAGAUGAAAACUAAGGUCACACUACUAGAGGUCCUGCCACACUCCUCCCAGCGCCUUGACCUCCUCAUGGGUGCCGGCUGGGGGUCCCUUGGCACUCUCUGGGACCACAUGAAGCCCUGGGAGAGUAUUGGUGCUGCGGUCGUCACUCCCAAGAUUUGCUCCAAGGCUCGCAUCACUCACAUCAAGCCAGAGUGGAAGGAGGCGGCUCAGAUGGUGGUGUCCAGCUGGUCUUGUGGCGCUGUGCCGCGCGUGGUGGUAUGUGGCGGGAAGGGUGUUGGCAAGAGCACCUUCUUCAAGUACCUGGCCAACACCAUGAUCGCUGCCCAGCCAGACACCGGCAUCCUCUGCCUGGACUUUGACCCUGGCCAGCCCGAGCUGUCCCUGCCCACCUCCCUGUCCCUCACACACCUCACCAAGCCCCUGCUGGGCCCACCCUACACCCACGAUCUGGCAGAGCUGUCCCUGCACCACAGACAUGUGCUGGUGGGCUCGGUGAACCCACAGUUUGUGCUGGAGGAGUAUGUGAGUGCAGUGCAGGAGCUGUGCAGAGCAGCCAGUGGCAUGGAGGGUGACCUGCCACUGCUGGUCAACACCAUGGGGUGGACUCGUGGCACCGGCCUGGAGGUGAUGCUGGAUGUAGUGCGCCUGGUGCAGCCCACACAUGUCCUGCAGUUCCAGGACCACCGCAACUCCAGGAACUACCCCUUCCCUCUCACCGCUGCUGCCGUCACCACGGCCAGGGGUGGCAUAGCCACCAGCACUGGCACAGAGGUGCACUACAGCCUGACCCUGCUGCCCAGUGCUGGCCCAGGCCCUGUGGCACCAAACAUGGCCCACCCCAGGGUGCAGCGGGAGCUGAGAGUGCUGGCGGAGGCGGCGCUGGCCAUGGAGGCAGAGCAGCGUGUCACAGUGCCGUUGGGCAGGGUGGCACUGUACGUGUGUGAGGAGCAGGUGCCCAGGGAGCGCCUCCUGCAAGUGCUCAAUGCCCAGCUGGUGGCACUGUGCCGCGUGGAUCCCAGUGACCUGCACACACUGCAGGACGGCUUGCCACAAUGCCUGGCACCACUCAGGGGCUGUGGGGACCUGCUGGGGUGGGGCGUGGUGGUGGGUGUGGACCCCCUCACCCGAGAACUGCACCUGGCCACUGUGCUGCCCCCACAACAGGUCACACAGCAGGUUAAUGCCAUCGUCAUGCCCAGGAUACACCUGCCCACCUCAUUCUACAAGCUCUUCUGUCUGGGUAAGGGUCCGUACCUGGAGAAGGAGAGGCGAGAGGGUGCAGGGCGGCUGAGGGUGGGACGCAGGAUUAUGCCAAGAGGACCCAGGCAGUGAUGGGCGGGGCACUGCAGGAGGUGCUGUGAGGUGGCUGGACACUGCAUGAUGGGCUUCAGUACAUCAUGUCUCACCACAACACUGUAUUGUCAUUUCUGAUGGAAAAUUCUGUUUAUUCCUGAACAGUGUCAAGAGAGUUAGCCAAAAGAAUGGGGUAAAUGUCUUGAAACCUUCCUCUUCAAUGAAUCCAGGUCAUAGGAAGAUGGAGAUACAGAAGCAGGCAGGGAGUUCCAGAGUGUACCAGAGAAAGGCAUAAAUGAUCAAAAGCACUGGUUAAGUCUUGCAAUAGUCAAGUGGACAGAAUAGUGGUGAGAAAGUCUUGUGCAGCGAGGCCGUGGAAGGAGGGGAGGCACGACAGUAGCAAGAUCAGAAGAGCAGCCAGCAUGAAAAUAGCAGUAAAAGAUAGCAAGAGAUGCAACAUUAUGGCGGUAAGAAAGAAGCUGAAGACAGUCAAUCAGAAGAGAGGAAUUGAUAACGAGAAAAGCUUUUGAUUCCACCCUAGCUAAUAAAACUGUGUGAGUGGACACCCCCCAUACAUGGGUGGAUUAGGCCCUUCUAUAGAGUUUGCAGUUGGGAGGUGAGAAAUCUUCAUAUGCCACUGAAUGCACUUUCUUUCCCCUGGUUCUCUUUCUACCAACCUUCAUAAACUAUCACCAUUAUUGUACUGUCAUCUAACCUUACAAGUCCUAACCAGCCAAGUCUCCCUUCUCUCUCUUCCAAUCCUUGACACCACACCUCCCUACCACCUCUUCCUGGCCACCCCACUCUGCCACCCUGCCAUCUCACACCAGCCACUUGACACCACACCUCCCUGCCACCUCCUUCCUGGCCACCCCACCCUGCCACCCUGCCAUCUCACACCAGCCACCUUGACACCUCCUGGGUCACCCCACCCUACCACCCUGCCACCAGCCAUAUAUCACAACUUUGGAACUCCCUGCCUGCUUCUGUAUUUCCAUCUUCCUGUGACCUGAACUCAUUGAAGACAUUUAUCCCUUUCUUUUGGCUAACACUCAGACCUGCAUGGGAACUGGCAUCUAAGUGGGCCAUUUUUUGCUCAAGUUUUUUUUUUUUUUUUUUUUUUUUUUUUUUUUUUUUUUGCCCUUGGCCAGAUAUUUCUUCUACAUAAAAAGGAAAGUAAAUAGAUCAAUAAGGAAAUGUCAGUGUGUCAAUUGAGAAAAGUUUGUGAUACAGUAAUUCCUUCUAUCAAAUUGAAAGAAAGGACUUGAUGGAGGAGGAGGUGCAGAGAAACACAGGUGCAGGGAGACGAGUUUAUGCCCGACUGGUUUCGCUGGUGCUUCGUCAGGACUUGUGAAUUAUAAAAUGAAAGUGGUUUUUUUGUUCAUUAAGGAGUGGUGUGUGAUAUUAAUUCCACCAGUUAAGGAAUACAUAUUUUUUCCCCCAACAAGAGUGUGUUGUACAAACUUAUUUUAAUACAUACUAAAAAUUCUCA